AUGUCGAACACAAACACUAGGAUGUAUCCUAUAGUCCCAGCACUGCAGAGACGAAUUUAUACAGGUCAAGGGGAAAGGAUUUGGAUCCCUCGACACGUUACUUACACUAAAACUCGGGCAGCCUGCGAUCGCUGCCACUCUCAGAAGCUGCGAUGUCCGAAGCAGGCGGGGAGCAUCGUCUGCGCUCGCUGCCUCAAGGCCGGCACCCCAUGCACCUACAGCCCGCCAGGCACAAGUGUGCUGCUCCCCAGGGCUGCUACUGGUAUCAUAUCCUUAGAGGAAGACGCUAUGUGUGAGGCAGGCGAGGGACAGGUGUCGUCUCCGUUCGCGGGUGCGUUUGACUGGGGCAGCACCGCGGCCAAUUUCGACUUUAACAACUUCUUCUCGGCCGUUACGCCCCCGAGUGUGGCUCAACAAGACCCAGCCUUAGUCCAGCCUUCAACUGCGUCUCGCCCACCUACGACACAUCUUGGCUCGACAAAGGAUGUAUCAUUUGAUGAGCCCGCCAGUACGAGAUCUACCUGCCUGCGAAAGUUGACAGGCCUGCUCGCAGAAGCAGAAUCGCUUUCUGCCAGGCUCCCCUUCAGGCCGAGCCUGCACAUCUCCAAAAACGACUUGCAAGAGGCCUCUUUAAAGGUGCUCGCCGAGAAGAUGUCCACCAAGUCCCUACUAGAAGACUUUUUCGUCGUCGCCCAGCAGCUCGUCGAUGUUUAUCCAGCCGCUGUGAGUGCCGCCACGACUCCAGAUCCACAGUCAGGCGCGGCGGCGGCGGCGGCAGCAGCAGCAGCAGCCUGUACCCAGCCAGACUGCACGCACACCGUCGAGCUGCCCCCCGCCGCGCGCGAGAUCGAACAGCACCUCUACCCCAGCACCGCCGACAUGGCGCUGGCCAACCUCCUCUUUGCGUGCCACACGCGCCUCCUGGACAUCCUCGACGGCAUGUUCCAGCUCAUGACCUCGUGCGUCCGCGUCACCAUCGCCAGCCGGCGGGAGCCAGAUUUUGAUGUGUCUGAGAUGCGGGUGGGCUCCUUUGUGCCGCAGCGCACAGCAGCUGUGUUGAUGCAAAUUGCCCUGAUGAGGCAUCUGGUGGCUCGGCUGACGGACCGGCUGGGGGCUUUUGGCGAGCGGAUCGCGUCGUGGGCCGGGGGCGGGGCUGCGGAGGCGAGCUUGGAGGGGGAUAUUCUGAGGAUGCAGCAUGAGUUGCUCGCCAAGAGACAGUCGAAGAAUACUGCGCAGGUCGGACUCAUCGAGGAGUUUCUGCUGAAAAUGGACUUUCUCGGGGAUUGAGCCUGUCCUUCCCAACGCUCUACCUUUAGCGAGUUUACCAUCUUCUUCCAGUGUUGAGUGUCACUACUUGACAACGAGAUGCUGCUGUCCAUAUCAUCGAUACUGCCGUAUUUCAAGUGGGGAUACGUUCAGAUGGUGGGGUCAGAUAAGAUGAUGGAUGGUGCACUGUCAUCCAAGAGGAGGGAACUACAUUGUGGUUUAAAGAAUAGUGAUGAUAUGCUGCGAGGAGUCGUGUUCAAGAGUAUGAACGAUGACACCAAGCAGUUCAUGACCCUUAAUAAAGUUGACUGUCCACAUGUCUCGCGAUGCAGCGAGUCGGAUCAGAAAGCAUGAGAGGCUACCUCGUGCAGAGUUCUGGGUUGUUUCAUGAGCAAGCACGAGAGGGCUAAGGCGAGAGGUUGUUCACCUUGAAGUAUUUACCUACUUAAGUAGACAUAAUUGAUGCCACUCAGGCG